GCCGCGUAGCGAAGCGCCGGUUCUUUGGCUCGCCGUCUGUGAUGAAUGUUCCCUCACCUCCAAAUGGGUCCUGGACUUCAUCUCCUGCUGUGAUGCACUUUGGGAAGGAUCAAUGACAGCGCCACGCCGCCGUGUGGCUAUUUCAAGAAUUCAUUAAUAUAAAAGAAAAAGAGUCGCCGCUGCCAACGAGUGUGAUUGGGGUCUCUCAUGACCAUCAAGUUGAUUGACGACGUCCUCUCCGGGUUUGAUUCCCCAGUGUCAGAGUGAUAUAGAGUUACUGGCCUUGCCCACGACGCCAUAUUUCAGUCAGCGGCGAUAUCGCAGUGAGAGCUCCACUAGUGACGACACUCGCCGUGACAUGUCGUUAUUUCAUACGCAAGUCGCCACUGGCUCCGCCUCCUGCUUCCGAAAGGAUACAUAUAUAUCCGUGGGAUGCAUCCCAGGAGAAGAAACGUUGGCUUGACAACCGACCGCCACAGAGCUCCAUUUGGGACCGUACAUCGAGCGUCAUGGAUCGGGUUCGCGUCGUCAACUACCUCUUUGGCGUCCUGGCGUUGGCGCUGCUGCAGGGCGUGAUCCACGUGGAAGGAAGGAGCCUAUUCAACACAGGGAACACAAUUUUCCAUCCCAAAGACAACGCAGACGUCCAGGGAAAAAUUCUCUCAUUGCUUCUCCACAGAAGCUCAAUUCCGGUUGAAAAGAUUGAUCCUCCAGGACUCGAACUGGUGGAUAAAUUAGCUGAAUUAGAAGAGUUGGAGGCGCUGAGGGAAGACCUGGAACUGGAGAAGGAACUUACCGCCAAUUUAGCGGACAAACCGGCGACGAGGAAGAGAGGAGAACCCUGCUUCUGGAAGUACUGCGUGUGACCUGGCAGUCCCGAGUACGAGGACCACCGUGAAACCUUGCUGCAAAGCCCAACCUGGCCUUAAGAAACCGUAACACCCGUAAUGUGAACGCCGUGUCCGACACACCGCCAUUCAUCAUCAACAACAACAACAACUCAUCACGACGACGUCUGCUCGUGUACGACAAAUAUCUGCUGCUCACAGGAAGUACUUGAUGACUGCAAAGAUCUCACCAGGGUUAUUGUCUGUCUGCCGCUUGUGUGUUUUUGUCGCUCUCUUGUGGCCGAAUGGGACAUUACUUGUAUUAUUUCUUUCUGUCCAUCUGUCUC